AUGGCAGCACCACAAAUGAGCAUGGGCGAGCUCAGCAAGAGUCUGGCCCCGGUUCCUAACAUCGGCAAUGCCCAUGAGGACCAGAGAGACGGGUUCUGGUCGUCGAACCCAAUGUUCACCUUUGUUAACAACGUCGCCAGGUCCAUCCAGCAGCACAGACAAUCUUUGGACCUGAUCAACCCAGGAACCAUGGAGAACAUCAACAAGGAGGUUGCCAAGGAUGUGUUCUUGAACCAGAUGCAAUUCAGCGGACUGAGAGCCGACAUCAGCAAGACUUUCGCCAUGAACCCUAUUUUCCAGGUCUCGCACGGUCUUUCGAUCGGCGGCCAGCUCCCAGCAUAUUCUUUCACGGCCAUGGUCGGUAACGAGAAGACCUUCUUCCAGGGUACCAUCGACAACGAGUUCUCCUUGACGGGAAGAUUCAACCACAGCUGGGACAAGCACAGCACCUCGAAGCUGACUUUCCAGCUGGCCCACGGCCAACAGCCAAUGUGCCAAAUCGAGCACGACUACCAGGCCAACGACUUCUCGUUGAACUUCAAGACACUGAAUCCUAGCUUUUUGGACGACUCGUACAAAGGUGUGAUGGUCGGCUCCAUUUUGCAGAGCAUCACUCCAAAGCUGUCGCUCGGUAUGGAAUCGGUCUACUCCUCGCUCCAGCCAGGCGUGCCAGGUGACGCGGCUCUCUCGUUUGUCGGAAGAUACAACGCUGGCGACUGGAUUGCGUCUGCUCAAUUGCAGGCUCAGGGUGCUUUGGUGGCCUCUUUCUGGAGAAAAGUCGCCAAGAACGUCGAGGCCGGUAUCGAAACCACUGUGCAAGCGGGCAUGCAGCCAACUCUGAACGAGCUGAUGCAGCCAGUCUACCAGACCGUCGUCGACGCCAACACCACGAUUGGUGCCAAAUACGAGUUCAGACAGUCCGUCUACAGAGGCCAGGUGGACUCCAAGGGCCAGGUCUCGUUCAUGCUCGAGCACAGAGUCCUGCCAACGGUCGGACUGCUGUUCAGCGCCACCAUCGACCAGAUCAAGAACACAGCCAACAUCGGCUGCGGUCUGUCUCUGGAGUUUGCUGGCUCUGAAGAAGUGAUGAUGAUGCAAAACGGAAUGAUGGAUGCCAACGGAAACCCGAUCGAAGGUGCCCAGCUGGCAUGA